AUGGCGGAUAUGGGAUUGGCGACUAGGGAAGACGACCACGGUGACAGAAUUGAACCGGAGGGAGAGAUGGGGAGGAGCGGGGCUUCACCGUGGGGGUGCUGCUGGAGUCAGGCGCUUGGGUCCGUGAAGCAGAGGAAGCAGAGGAAGAUGAUGUCGAGGAACUUGGUGGCUCCGGCCUUGGAUCGCAGCGGGAACGAGGUCGUGAAGGUCUCUUGGUGCGCGAGGAAGGAGGGAACCGGCAGAACGGGCUACGCCGGAGAAGAGGUUCGGCUCGUCCCAGACAUGGCAUCGGGAGGCAAGGCAGCAGGUCGCGUGGGAGCGUCUUACCUGCGCGGCGGCGGCGGAGAAGAGGGAGAGGAGGAAGAUGGAAAACCCUAG